AUGAACCACGGCAGUAAUACCAUUUUUGAGUCUGAAUGGGCUGCUUUUGCACUACCAGCGAGCGUCGAUCGCCCUCUACCACGAAUCGGCUUUACCGACUUUGAAAGCCGCCAGCUCCACGCCAGUCUCGACGCACUAGAUGUACUCGGGCCUGUACUGGCGACCAACGCACCAGUCAUGUUGUUUGCUGAACCGGCUGAGUGCGUACCCGUUAGCAGCUGCAUGGCCACACCACGAGGCACAAUUAAGUGUAGCCGUGCUACUGAUAGUGCGUCUCCCCGGGCACAUAUGCACCAUUCUAAGAAGGCUUCGCGCAAGCAGGUUCACGAGCUCCAGGCCAUGGUUAAUGUCAUGCAGGUGCAAGUGAACAGCGCUGCCGCCGAGACCCAACAGCUCGCGCAGCUUGUAGGACAGUUUGCUCAACAGCGAGCAGAGGAAAGGAGAUGCGCAGCUGAAGAGGAUCAACCGUUAUUUGAAGAGCACGAGAUGGACAUGGACCUCGGGACCCAGCAGCGACGGCUGCAGGCCCAAGUCAAGCAAGAGUGUGAACAAUUUGUAUGCGAGCAGCAACAACAGCAACAGCAGUGGCAGCAAGAGUGUUCUGCGAAUCAAUUGCCACCCUCACGGAUCCAAUUUUAA